AAAUCCCAGCCGGGGAAGAGCAGCAGGCAGACUUCCAGAUCCUCAGUCCUUGCAGCCUCUCUGCUCCUGCGAUCCUCACCAUGAGUUACUCCAAGUCCACCGUCUACUCCAGCUCCUCCUUCCGCUCCGGGGGCAGCCCUGCCUCGGUCCGCUUCGGCCCCAUGGCCAGCGCGGCCAGCGUCUACGCCGGGGCCGGGGGCUCGGGCUCCCGCAUCUCCGUCUCCCGCUCCUCCAGCCUGGGCUCCAGCCUCGCGGGGGGCUACGGAGCAGGGGGCUAUGGAGCGGGGGGCUCCGGCUUCAGCCUCUCCCUCUCGGGCUCCGGCGUGGUCCAGAACGAGAAGGAGACCAUGCAGGACCUCAACGACCGCCUGGCCAGCUACCUGGAGAAGGUCCGCAGCCUGGAGGCCGACAACCGGCGCCUGGAGCUCCAGAUCCGGGAGUUCAUGGACAAGAAGGGCCCCAGCACCCGAGACUGGAGCCACUACUUCGAGAUCAUCGAGGACCUGAGGAACCAGGUGAGAAGAGACACACCCAACACACCCCUGGGAGCCUGCCUUCGGUCCUGGGAGUAGCUGGGGGCCAUGGGC